CAAACUGGUCAUCGAGCACGCUCGAAUAUAUCUUUCUCACUUGUUUAAAUAAGUUCUGCUGAUAACGAUAAAGGUUCGACAUGAACGAAUAUAGAAGGCAUAUAUGAAUGAAUGUAUGUACUUAUUAUAAAGAACAUUUUCGACUACAACGCUGAUCGCUGAUAGCAUUGGAAUUCCCGGCAUAUACAUAAAGUUAUAUAUAACCGAAAAACCGAAUACAUAUAUGAUUAAACUAUUCUUUGACUGUGAGCUACAAAUGCAAACUAGUACCAAUUUACAGUUAGCAGCCGACGGAUGUGUUUUUUAGAAUCAAUUAAAGAAUUAUGCAGAAAUAUCUGAAGUUGUUGACGGUUUUUUUUUAAUUGUUGCGCCAAGAUGGACAGCGAGCAUACAAUUAAAUGAAGACAUUCAGAACAAAAUUGAGAAAAAUGUGAAAAAAUAGGACAAUUGGAAGCUCAAAUACACGAGAACGAAAAAAAUCUAAACUUUAAGGGAAGCAAUAAAUUCUACAAGAGAUUAUAUUUCAUCUUUGGAGAAUCAAUUAAAUCAGUGUCGAGAGCAGAGCAAAAAUCACACAGAUAUUCUCCAGUUGAAAAUCAAUGAUAACGAAAUCAAAUUAAAGAUUAAAGAUGAGAUUAUUGCUAAGCAAAAAACUGAGAUACAAAAGAUGGAAUCACUCUUGAAGAUUCAAAAAAAUGAUACAUCAUUGGUGGAGUCGGGAAACAAUAAGAUUAAUCAGCAAAAUUCAAAACAAAACUCAACGUGCUUGAAUUCUGUGAACGAACUACAACAGGAAAACACAAAGUUAAAUUCACAGCUUCAGAACAAUACAAUGGAAAUAACUUAUCUAAAAAGUCAACUCCAUGAUUGCAAAUUAAAUGACACAAAUUGUUCCAAAUAUAAUCAUGAUCAACAAAUAUUAUUAGACCAAUGUCAAAAGAGUAAAGAAGAUAUGCAAAAAGAGAUUGAGGAUAGGAAAAUAAUCCAAAAUGAGCUAAACGAUUGUAAAAACUACAGUUCACACAUUGAAAAUCAGCUAACAGUCACUCAACUGAAUUUGACAGAUUUACAAGCGGAAUUGGCGAAGAAGAUUCAAGAGAAGCCCGUAACAAUUCUACCAAAGUCUUGUUUAAAUUUGAGUCCUGGUAUUCAAGAGAUACAACUUCCAAAUAAUAAAAGUUGUAAUGUUCUUUGUGAUGAUGAUGGUUGGAUGAUCAUUCAGCGUCGGAUUAAUGGAAAACAAGAUUUUGAUAAAAAGUGGCAAGAAUACGUGGAUGGAUUUGGAGAGUUGGAUGGGGACUUUUGGUUUGGAUUGGAAAAACUGCAUCUCGUUACGAGUUCAAUGGCGACACCAAUUACAAAUAUCCUUAUUCAGCAAAGUUCUCAACAACACACAAUUUGCAUUAAUUCUGUAAGCGAACAACAGCAGGAAAAUACAAAGUUAAAGUUACAACUUCAGCAGAGUUCGAAUGAAAUAAAAGAAUUUCAAAAUCAAAUUAAUGCGUGUCAAGUGAAUAGCACAAAUUUCGAAAAACGCAGUGACGAGAAGAUCAAAAAAUGUCAUAGCGAUCAAAACAGUUUAGUAUCGUGUCGAAUGGCUUUGAUAUCAGAGAAGGACAAGUCGUAUGAUAAGAAUUCGGAAAUGAAGAAAUUGAUUAAUGAAUCUGAGAAAAUUCAUGAAAAGUUGGUUUCUUGUCAGAAGCAUUAUGGAGAAAAAAGAAUAGAGGCACAGCAAAAAACAUCAUUCGAAAAGAAUCUAAAUGAUUGUGAAAAGAAACGUGCAGAUAUAGAAAAUAACCUCCGAAGAAAGACAGUGAAGUUGAGUAAGGCACAACCUGAGCUGGAUAAUUGCACUUCUAUUAAAGAUGAAUUACUUACUCAACUCAAUAUUAACAAUAAUCCUCCAAGCUCUUGUUUAAACCUGUCUGCAGGCAUUCAUGAGAUAUAA